CAAAUGGAAUAAGAAUACUGGAAGAGGAAACACAACAAAGUUUUAAGUUGCUGGUUGGUGUAUGUUCCAAUCAAUGGGUCAUCGGUUUGUUUGGCCGACAAUCGUGCCUAGCAAAACUGCAACAAAGAAAAAGAAUAAAAAGGAAAGAAGCCAGCCCCAUAUUGGCUGGCUUUCCGAUUGCGACGAAGUAUGUGGUUAGUGGGAAUCCAACUUCCUGAUUGCCAAUUCCGUGGCUGAGGUUGAAAUUCAUUGAGAAUAUCUCCGGCACCAACCAACCUGUAUGUUUUGCCAUUGUUGAUGUCCGGGUCCGACUGCGACGGAGGAGAGAUUCGCAGAGUUGGCGGCAGGGGCGGAGACGAUGAUGGGUCUUGUAAGCAGCAACAACAAGUGCCAGAGGGAGAGGAGAUGACGAACAAGAAGGUAAACAAAAAAAGGCACGAUUUCAACAACGGUGCAAAGCGGAACCUGGGGUCCGGAAUCGGUUUAGGUUGUUGUUUCCCGAGGAGUCUGGCCAAGGCGGCGGCGGUUACCAAGACCAAGGCAGAGAAGAAAACAGAGUCGCGGCGGCCUUCUUGUUCUUGUUCCUGUUCCCCAGGUAAAUGUAUCGGUUUCAGACACUGUUGCUGCGGUUUCAACAAAGGUUCAUCACCUCCUCCUCCAAUUCCAGCGUCGCAGCAGUCAUCGUCUCUGCCCACCGCUGCGAGUGACCCUAAUGCUCCCAAUUUCACUGCCGACAUGCUGAGAAUUUUGAUUGAGCGAAACGAUUUCUAUUGCAGAGAAUGCAACCCUCAUUUGAUUACCAACUCAUAGAUGAUCACACAUGUCAUUGAAACUAGUAUUUGUUACCUUCUUCUUCUUCUUCUUCGGGUUUAUACAUUGUUAUAUUACUACCAUUAGUGUAUCCCUACUUAUUCCCUUGGCAUCUAUCUGCAUGUGAACUUUAGGCCUGCUUCUUAGCUUCAUUCCCUUGGCUUUAUUGGUUGUUGCAUUGCUCGAUGAAGGGACGAGUUUGACAGACGCCCUGGAAUGACAGACUGCAAAACGUGCUGCUGUUUCUCCACUCUUCUUUGGCUUCAAAGUGGUACAUGCACCCACUGAUAUUCAUAUGUCAGCUGUAAUUACAGAAGUACAGAACAGAGUAUAAUGAGAUGCAUCAAGUGCAACCUUGGGCAAGGUCGUCUCUCUUCUGCUCUUGUGGUUUCUCUGUAGCUUUCAGCUUUCUCUGGCGGUAACUGGGCAAGUUGCCCCGGUUCCAGGCGAUCUUCUACUAGAUUUUGUGUUCUUUUUCUGCAAGUCUAGAAAAUAAAGCAAACCAACGAUGUCUUGGUCUUUUAUCGAGACAAAAUAAUGUACCAUUGUUGAGUCCUAAGUUCCGACGAGUCAUUUUGGAUCAAGGAUUUGGACCCAAAUCCAACACUCAACUGAAUUGUUCGGAUCCAAUGUUUGAGUGCAGAAAAAUGUGGGUAUCAAAUAUGUGUGUCCAUGGAUUUGAAUUUUUUUUUCAUGCCAAAUCCAUGGACCACAAGGAUUUGGAAAACCCACAUAAUUCGUUUACUUCGUGGAUUUUGAAAAUGAAGAGUUUUUAUAAUG